CCUGUGAAGGUUUUAAAAGACAUGCUCGGUCUUUCAUCUUGCUUUUCAAAAUUGCAACUUAUCGUUAUUUAUUGUAUAUACCUACAAUGUACCAUUUUAGAAUUUUGAAAGAAGCAAAUUAGCACUUAAGCCAUUUUCGAAAAUACACAAUAAAUGCAGUUUUUCACUAUACGAUCCACAUUUUAUAUAAUCCACAUGUUCCAAAAUGUCGACGGAUGCAAAGCAAGCGAAGAUGGACAUUGACAUAACUCCUCAUGACAAAGGAGUCCUUAAUUGUAUAUUUAACCCUGGAUUGCCUUAUGGAGAUUGUGUAGAAGAGGAAACACCACCUGUAUAUAUAAAUGUGGAGAGUGAAGAAGUGAAACAAGUGAAGGUUCUAGAGCUGCAAGCAGUGAAGGCAGCCGAGGCCGGUGACCUUCCAACUGCCCUUGACCUCCUGAAUGAAGCUGUGACAAGGGCCCCUGACUGGGCUUCCACGUAUAACAACAGAGCACAAGUACUUCGCCUACGGGGAGAUAUCCAAGGAGCACUGGAGGACUUGAAUAAAGCUGUAGAACUGAGUAGGGGAGAGGGCAAGGUGUCAUGUCAAGCAUACACCCAGAUGGGACUUAUCCAUCGACUGGAAGGCGAUGACACCCAGGCAAUAGAGGACUUCAAGAAAGCUGCCCAACUCGGCAGUGAGUUUGCCAAGCAACAGGUGGUGGCACUCAACCCCUAUGCUGCGAUGUGCAACCAGAUGCUGAGUGAAGUCAUGCAGAAAGUCCGUCGAGGAGAACAGUAGAUACCCUGCAGUCAUAGCCAAGUCUUUCACAGUACACAGUAAUGUGAUUGAAAUAAAGAUAAUUACUUGAGUUGAUGUAAUUACUACAGUCAUAGCCAAGUCUUUCAUAGUACACAGUAAUGUGAUUGAAAUAAAGAUAAUUACUUGAGUUGAUGUAAUUACUACAGUCAUAGCCAAGUCUUUAACAGUACACAGUAAUGUGAUUGAAAUAAAGAUAAUUACUUGAGUUGAUGUAAUUAAACUAUUGGUAUGAAACAGUGAGGUAACAGUGUGUUUUGGGUGUUAAGGUUAGGUGAGUCUUGUUCAAUUUCUUGUUUCUCUCAAAUGUCUGAAGACGAACUUCGAUGAACAAAAAAAAAUGAUCACUUUCUUUGAAGUAGAUAUGGAAUCGCUUACUGCUUUCCUGCAUUACCUAUAUUUUCUGUGUAUGAAAUGCACAUGUUAUUGUUAUGCUUCAGUCGUUAGAGUUGGAUGGUGGUGAUGCAGCUGUUGUUUUGUUUCAGAUGAAAUGUUUGUUGAAGUGUGGACAAAAAUAUUGCAGCUAUAAAUAUUGCUGUAAAAGGUUGCUAGAAAUUGGUAUUUCCUGUACAGGAGGCAGUGGUGGCCCAAUCAUUGGGGCUCAGCAAUUCAUAGUGCUGAGCUACGUCAGUUGGGCCUUUCAGAAACCUGUAUAAGGGAACCCCUAAUCAACAAUAACUUCACUUAUUGCUAUAAUAAGGUCACUUUACAAAUGUUUUUGUCAACUUAAAGAAUUUUUGCUGACAUUUGCUGAAGUCUUGGAGCCAAAUAUUGGUCUCUGAGCAUGUGUUAAAAUACCCCUUGAAUGUAGAUGCAUUUGUGGAGCCUUGUAAUACCAAGAGGGAAUGGUUGUUUAGCAUUGUGGAAAUGUUAACUAUGGCAGAGG